AUGGCGAUGUUACACAGUAGUAAAAGUAGUAGUAGUACGAGAAAUUAUGGCCGCCGCAGCUCGAGCGACUCGGGCAGGCGCGCCAAUCUCCAGGCAACUACUUACGCUGUCGACGCCGACACCAUGGCGUUGACCGGCUUCCACUUCACCACUUGCGGGGCAGGUGGGUUUGAGGCGCCUCCAGGAGGCGUACCAUCUCCACCGCCGUCUCCAGACGCGGCGCCGCUCGGCCGGACAGCUCGUCCAGGCCUGAAGGGGCGCGCGCGCAGCGGAGACGCGGCAUAUCACAUCACGGAAGAGUGUGAGAGGCUCUUCUGCGAGACUAUGAAGGCUGUGUUCUUGGUUGAGAAGGACACUGGUCGGCAGAACUCGCUGGUGAUGGAUGUGCAUGACAGCACGAGCAGCGAUCGCAUCGACAUACCACGACAAGGUAUCGCCAUGAUGAAGCAUGACUUACCCACGCCAAGCCCGUCGCCCGACGGUAGGAUCUACCCGAAGACGGGCGGGAUGGUGAGGGAGUAUGUGGAGGUGUGGGAUUAUGUCGGCGGUGCGCGGUUCCGCGGCUUCGUUGCUGAGAAGGACGACGAGCGUGGCAUGUUCGUCUUCUUCGAUAGGGAUGUCAUUGGCAAGGACCUCAAGCCUGGGCUCAUGGCACUCCUCGAGCUAGCCAGCAGCGACGCAUUCGACUGCUCACAGCUUGUCGUUUGCGUCGAUCGAACGGCUAAAGACGAAGACGUCAAGGACACUACUCGUGAUCUUGGUUGGGUCGGCUUCGAGCUAAUCAUGCUGGAUGCAUGGGCCGGAGACGAAGCUUGCAUUAGCGACAGGUGGAUCUACCUAGCUAUGGAUGUCUAG